AUGAUUAUUGCAAUAUCACAGCAAGAGAAAGAGAAAGCUAAUACAGCAACUGAUAAUUUUGAUGUUUUGUUGGAUCCAAAGAAAAAUACUGGAAAUGAAGAAGAUUUGAUUACUUUAUUUCAGUCAGCCAUGAGAAAAGUUCCACAACAAGUUGUUAUAGUAACCACAGCCAAACAAGAUAAAAAUGGGAAAUGGGUAAAACGUGGUAUAACUUGUAGUUCCUUUACCAGUGUUUCUAUCAAACCACCUAUUUUAUCAUUCUGUAUUCAUACACCAAGUCGAAUCCAUGAAAUUUUACAAGAAAAUGAAAAAUUUGCAGUUCAUGUGUUAGCUCAAGACCAGAUACAUCAAUGUUUACAUUUUGCUAAAUCCUGGGCCAGUGAUUCGUGUCAAUUCGAAAGUGUACCUCAUGUACAGGGAGAAAAGGGAUUACCUAUAAUAAUGGGGUCUCUAGCUGUAUUACUGUGUACUACUCAUUCUAUACAUACAGUAGGGGAUCAUCAGGUUUAUUAUGGUAAUAUACAGAAUGCCAGUGUCUCUCAUGAUCUACAAGAUCCAUUGCUAUACUUUGUGAGGUCAUUCCGUUCUGUAGGUGAUCAGGUAUUUCUACAAGCGUUUGAAGAUGCUACUCUACCAUUUGAAGACUGGACUCAUGAAGCUCAUCUUCGUAUGGCGUGGAACUACAUCAAACAAUAUGGUAGAGAUCAAGCUACACCUUAUAUCAAACUAGGAAUUCAGAAAUAUAAUGAAAAGAACAAGGAUAAGAUACAAACAGGCUAUCACGAAACCAUCACCAUGUUUUUUAUUCACUUGGUAACAGACGCCAUCAAUAAGGUUACCAGUGACGUUUCGUUCGAUGAUUUUCUCCGUCAAAAUCAACAUUUACUGGACAACAGUUUAUUGUUUCAGUAUUAUAGUAAAGAAACAUUAGCCAAUAGUGAGGCUAGAUUACGUUUUGUGGAACCCGAUAAGAAGUCAUUACCAUGUUGAUAUUCAGUAG